AUGCCGCAUCUGUGGGAGGGGACGCCGGCGAGGCCGAAGGGGAAAAAGCCGAUGGCGCAUCAAUCAGCGCGAGCUCCUUCCACAGGUGGGCAGGGAGGCCAACUCCACUUAGUUGCAGCUUGGCAGCCUCCUCUGCGGAGCAGCGCGCAACGACAAGUCGGCGGCGUCAAGCACCCGCCGGAGCCCGCAGGCACAGAGCGAGGCAUCGCCGCUCCCUGCUUGGCGGGGAGUGGAGCGCACGGCUGGAGCGCGAGAGGGGAGGUCCCGCGGGGGUGCGGGAGCCCGGCCUCGCGGGGCGGGGGCUUCGUGCCCUGGUCCCUUUGGCCUCAGCUCGCGGCUGAGGCGUCCCGCCGUCAAGAGCCCCGGCGGCUGGCACGCUCUGCUGUGCACCCGGCAAGGAUGCGAACCAGGCGAGGCCGGCGAUGGGCGGGGGAGGGGUGGACCUGCCCCGGCCCCCCGGGGGGCUCCGGACCUGCGGGGAGCUGGGUGCACUCCCCGCCGAGAGUUGCUAGGAAACCGCCCCACGCUACCGAGCGCCUGGCUCUGGGGGCCCGCAGGCGCGGCGGCGGCCCGGGCGGCAGCAGCAGCAACAGCUCGGAGCAGCGUGGGCGGGACAUUGUUACAGCGGAGCUUUUGACCUUAAGCGUCACCUUCCCAGUAAACGGAACAAAGAAGUUACAGACGGCAGCAAAGCGGGGAGAGAGAAGCCAAGGAGAGGAGGUGGGAGGGUAUUUCUGCCUGCUUGCAACUCAGAAAUGUAGGUGCAGGCGGGGCGCGGGUGUUAUCCGGGGCGGCUGUCCGGGAAGCAGUGCGCCCCCUCGGGUUCUGCCACUACCACGCUGA